AUGUCUCCAUCAGUCUCGCGUUCCCUGAAACUGCGCCCUCUGCUGGACACACCGCGCCCACGUGACCGCGCAGAGGAGAGAGAGAGAGAAAGCGUCAAAGUGUCACCGCGCGUGCACCGCGAGACACGGAGAGAGACGCCGCGGAGGACGCACGAGAACACCGGAGCACAUCCUCCUGCUCCGAGCACCGUGGAUUUAACCGUACCACCUGGAAUACCGCGUCUGCCGCGCUCUGCUGCAUCUGCCGCGUCCUUCCGCUUGGUCUGGAUUCUACCGCGUCCUUCUGAUCUCCCGUUUGGAUUCCGCAUCUGGAUAAGUUUGCCGCAUGGGGCUGUCCGCUGUGCCGCGCAGACGAUGCUCUCUGUGAUCGGUGUGUUGUUUGUGCCGCUUCUGCCGCGUCGCCGCUGA